AUGAAUGACGUUGGACAUACAUUUUCCACCCUAAGCAACGAAAAAUCCAUUCAAACGUAUCAAUGUAUUGAAGGAUGUGGUGGACCAAAAACGUUCGUGACUAUCAAUGAUAAACGAAUCAUUGUUCGACAGGUAGAUGCAAGUCAUUGCUGUUCUGCUGGUGCCCGUACCGAUUGGUCCGUCUUUAUGCGUGACAUUGAGCUGCUCAAAGUACCUAGACAUCAAUCAACAGGAUUAUGUUUGAGCUCAAUUCUGUUUAUUUUGACGUGCAAAUGCCAACCUUGUUGUUCCGAAUUCUGUGGAGAUGCACCUAAAAUACUUGAAAUAAGUGGUGGUUUUGGCACCGAAUCAAUCAAAUUUAAAAGAGACGAAUUCGAGGCAGUUGUUGAUCAAUUAUCAUCAAUAAUACUUCCAUUGAAGAACUGA